AUGGACUCGGACAAUUUCAACGUGAUAGAUACUUCUUUUGGAGAUGAUGGCACAGAGUAUGGAGCGGAAGGUGUACUGACUGAUGCAGAAGCUAAUGUUUUCAAUGUCUUAAACAAUGUUCAUAGGCAACCGUCAAAACGAUUACGAGAAACUGAUGAGUGGAAUGAUGCGUGUGAUUGGCACAUGCGUGUAAAGUGUGAUCAUUUCGAAGAAAAUAAUGAUUCGCUCCGAGAUGCACUUAACAAAAGUGUUGUGGAACGUCUUGUACGACGCAUAUCGUGGGGGAGUAUUGAUUUAUUUCAUGCUCGCAAGAGGCGGCGUUUGACAGAUUUAGGUGUAGAUGAAGAAGAAGCUGCUAAUAAUAUUUCUAAACCAAAAGAAGGAGGAGUGACGCAGUAUCCUCCUAGUGGGGAUGUACCUUGGAUUGGUUUCACUGACCCAUCACUCUUGCACCGAUAUUACAUAAAGUUGCGAACUGUGGGACAAACAGUUGAUGUUAGUAACGAUGAAACUUAUACUGAUUCAUUAAAGUUGGGCUUCACAGAAAAAGUUUUAAAUGCUGGACUUGAUUUCGGCGUUUCUGAUUCAGUUUAUUCUGAAGACAUAAAUAACAGACCUUCAUUUUCUGAAGAUAAUCUGUGGGUCGAAAAAUAUGCACCUAAUUCCUAUGCUGAUUUGAUUAGCGAUGAGGCCAUAAAUCGUAUGUUGUUGAAUUGGAUGAGAAUGUGGGAUGAAUGCGUCUUUCAACGAACGAUUUCAGAUGCUAUUAUGAAAUAUGGUCCACGUAACCAGCAGCCUCUUCUGAGUGAUGAAAGACCGAGGCGCCCUCUUCACAAAGCACGUGCUUUUUUAAAUAUUCAAAAUAUACUGUUAAUAAUUUUUUUCUUUUUUGGAAGUAAUGGUUUGCGAAAACUUGAGGUAGUGCUAAUUGUUGGACCUGCUGGCACAGGCAAAAGUACUUUGGCAUCUAUAGUGGCACACCAUGCCGGUUAUCAAGUUGUUGGUUUGAAUGCUAGUGAUGAACGAAAUAUAGCAGAUUUUGAAAAAUGUUUUGUGGAUGCUUUAACAGUCACGAAAACUUUAUGCAUAGAUUGCAAACCGAACUGUCUUAUUUUGGAUGAAAUUGAUGGUGCACCUGCACAGUCUAUCCAUUAUUUGUAUAAGGCUGUUACUGCUACUGGGAGACGUUCGCUUCGACGACCUGUAAUAUGCAUCUGUAACAAUCUCUAUACUCCGGCGUUGCGCGAAUUGCGAUCGAUUGCUUUAGUGCUGCAGUUAUCUAGAAUUAAUGGCAAACGUUUGACUGAGAGACUUGAACAAAUAUCAAAAUCAGAGUGCCUUAAAGUUGAGUCGGGCGCCAUAUCAGAAAUUAUCAGGGCAUGUUCACAGGAUCUUCGUUCUUCAAUUAAUGCUUUGCAGUUCACUGCAAUGGAAAAUUGUGUUUCAGUCACUCGGAAAACUAUUCGUGAAGUAUAUUUUUUUGCUAUUGGAAUCACGAAACGUGAAAAACACUUUGGUGAUAAAACGUUAUUUGAUUCAUGGGCUUUGGUCUUCGAAAUUUCUCGACAUUUGGAUGUAAAUGGGCAAAUUCAGAAUGCAGCUUUACGUGUUAGGAAAAUCGAAUUUGUCUCUGAAUUCCAUGGAAAUGAAGCAGAUCUUUUUUAUAUGGGGCUUUUCACGAAUUAUUUGAAGAGCAAAAAUGCGUACUUAAUGAAUGCUGCAUUAGCUGUUCGCUUGCUAUGUUAUUAUGACUGGAUAUCUACUACCAUAAAUUCCUCUCAAGAUUACAAUUUAUUGAAAUAUUUGUCUGUGGUUUGCGUCGGUUUGCAUUUACUUCUUUGCAGCAAAGAUAAAAUGCAGCUAACUUUUCCUGGCGAAUAUCAGAAUGCAGUACAACGGUAUCACCAGUCUGUUGAAAUCGUUGAAACUGUUCGAGCUGGUGCAAUACAAAGGAAUAUUUCAUUAACAUCGUUUGUACUUGAAAGUCUUCCGUAUCUCAUCCGUGUUAUUCAACCUGAUUUGAAGCCAGCAAAUGUUCAGUUGUACAACGUCCGAGAGUUAAAUAUUUUGCGGUAUACUGUCGAUAUCAUGCGUGCUUAUUCACUCACUUAUACUUUAAAUGGAACAAACAAUUUUGUUUUCGAGCCUCCAAUUGAUCAUUUACUUAAUUUUGUGGACGACAACAAAAGUGCAUCUCUGAAUACAUUGUCCAAUACCACAAGGCAAAUAAUUGCUCACGAGGUUGAAUUUUCUUGGCGUAUAACAUUUUUGGAGCGUGUAAUUGAAUUAGAGAAGUUGCGAGGCGUUGAUGAUUUACAGAAAAAAGCUAUUGAAGAUUUACCCGAAAAAAUAGUAAACAAGAUCAAAUCUAAUGGGCUUGGUAGUAGAAUUGUUUUUCAUUACAACCAAGGAUCAUCUAAUGCAAUUCGAAGAAACAUUGCGAUAAAAAACUUGUUCUCAUCUUAG